AUGGAAGCUUCAAUCAAAGCUUUACAAGAAUCAAUCGAAGCAUUGAAUGCUAAGAUGGAUGAAAGACAACAAGAAGAUCUUGCUUAUAGAGCCAAGAUCCAACAAAGUUUCGAAGCUAUGAACACAAUGAAUACCGACUUAGCAACUAAAUUAUUGGAAUUAAAAACCAAAGAUGACGAAGAAAGAAAAGUUUUAAAAGAAGCAUCAAUUGAAUUUACCAAGUUUCAAAAGGAGCAAGAGGAAAUUAAAAAGGAAGCUAAAGAACUAGGUGUUGAACUAAAAGAAGAAAGAAAACACGCUGAAGCAAUCUUGAAAAUGGAAGAACAAGCUUUACAAGCAAAAUUCGAAGAAGAAGACAAGAAUUUAGAAAACCUUAGAGACGGAAUUGCUGAAGAAGUACCAAAAUACCUUCAAGAAUUCAGAGGUGAAAUAAUUAAUCAAGUGAACAACCUGAUUGCCGAACAAGACAAUCCAACUCAAGGGAAGAUUAACAAUAACGAGAAACUACAAAAGGAAAAAAUACUAUUAUCAAAAAUUAAAAAACACUCAUCUUCAAUCAUAAUUGAUGAAGACAACCAAAUCAUUUUGGAAUGCACCAAAAGAUUUACUGACGCUAAUCUAACACCUAUAGACACAGACGAAGUGGUAGCUCUUAGUCCGGUUUUUCCCAUCCAACAAUCUAAAGAUAAGAUUAGGAUUAUAACGGAUCUGAGAAAAGUCAACACACAUUUGCUGUACACACCGAGACCAAUACCUCCAAUACAACACAUUUUUAGCAACCUUGCUAAUAAAACCAUUUUUUCUUCACUGGAUAUUCGAAAGGCUUACCAACAGAUACCAAUACAAGGAGACAAAUUAGGCCUUAUCACAGAGCUUGGCAGUUAUAAAUUUAACCGCUUGCCUUAUGGUUUAGCUUCUGCUCCCUACUGGUGGGGUGAAUUCAUUCAAAAUAUCCUUAAACAACUACCCCAAUCCAAGGACACCAUAGUAUCCUAUUACUACGACGACCUUAUCAUCGCUUCUUCCACUAUCGCAGAGCAUUACACUACUUUAAAACACAUCAUGGCCCUGUUAGCAGAAAAUGGCCUAUCCCUCAGCUAUGAGAAAAUCCACAUUGCACAACCCAAAGUAUUGUUCCUCGGCUACGAAGUAUCGCAUAACCGCCUGGCCAUCGAUAAAGAGAAGAAAAAUACCAUUGCCAGAUGGGUUUUACCCGAAGACAAGAAAGCCAUCGAGAAAUUCACCGGUUUUGUUAAUUUUUUACGAAAUUUCAUACAAAACGCUUCUCAAAUACUGGCCCCGUUCUAUAGUUUUGCUACAAACAAACCAUCCAAUCAUGAAAAAACAAUUCUUCAAAAGGCUAUGAAAAAG